CCCCCCCUUUUUUUUAGAAGGGGAGAGGGUGAAAGGGAGGGAGGAGAAUAGACUGAAUACUGACUGGAACGUUGAUUGGAGCAUUUCAUAUGCGAAGAGCAGAAUAAAAGUUAGUUUCUCCAUUAGAUUAGCUUCAUUUUCGAAUGCUCCGUUUUGCAUGCUUAAUUUUGAAACUAGCCCGUGGUUUGGCAGAAUUUGACCGAAUUCAGGGGUGAGAGUUUGAUCCAGUCCAAGUGUAUUUGAAUUUGAGCACGCAGUUCAACCAGUGUUUGCAAUGGAAUUUCUGAAGACUUACGUACUUAGAAGAAAUGCAUGCACUGCGGUUUGCUUCUGGAGAAGCAAAGUUGUCCAAAAGCCUUCAGUUAGAAGGAUUAGUACUACCUCUCCAAGGAGCACUAUCAUGCCUGCUUGGGUGAUAGAUAAAUACGGGAAGAAUGAAGUACUUCGAUUCACUCAGAACAUGAUGAUACCUAUCAUACACUAUCCAAAUGAAGUCAUUGUCAAAGUUCACGCUGCCAGUGUAAAUCCUAUAGACGUUAAUAUGAGAAGUGGUUAUGGAGCUACAGCUUUAAAUAUGAAGCGUGAUCCUUUGCACAUGAAAAUCAAAGGAGAAGAAUUUCCUCUGACUCUGGGUCGGGAUGUCUCUGGCGUGGUGAUGGAAUGUGGGCUUGAUGUGAAAUACUUCAAGCCUGGAGAUGAGGUCUGGGCUGCAGUUCCUCCUUGGAAACAAGGCACUCUUUCAGAGUUUGUUGUAGUCAGUGGGAAUGAGGUCUCUCACAAGCCCAAAUCACUCACUCAUACUCAAGCUGCCUCUUUGCCAUAUGUGGCUCUCACAGCCUGGUCUGCCAUAAACAAAGUUGGUGGCCUGAAUGACAAGAAUUGCGCAGGAAAACGUGUUCUAAUCUUAGGCGCUUCAGGCGGAGUUGGUACUUUUGCUAUACAGGUAAUGAAAGCAUGGGACGCCCAUGUGACAGCAGUUUGCUCUCGAGAUGCCAGCGGACUUGUAAGGAAGCUUGGGGCAGACGAUGUAAUUGAUUACAAAUCUGGAAGUGUGGAAGAGCAGUUGAAAUCCUUAAAACCGUUUGAUUUUAUCCUUGAUAAUGUUGGUGGAUCCACUGAAACAUGGGCUCCAGAUUUUCUCAAGAAAUGGUCAGGAGCCACCUAUGUGACUUUGGUGACUCCUUUCCUCCUGAACAUGGACCAACUGGGCAUAGCAGAUGGCAUGUUGCAGUCAGGAUUCACUAUAGGUUCGAAGGCAUUAAAGAGACAGAGUUUUGCUAUGCUGCCUAGGCUACUCUUGAACUCCUGGCCUCAAGCAAUCCUCCCACCUCGGUCUCCCAAACUGCUGGGAUUAUAGGUGUGAGCCAUUGUGCCUGACCUCUUCUUUUUAGGUUAGUUCCAUAAACCAGUGCAUCUCAACAUCUUUCAUGCCAUGACAGACAUAGAAAAUGAUAGUAUUUGAACAGCACGUUGAGGCUGCCUUGGGUAAUAGAGAUGAACAAACCAAGCCCUGCUCCUCCAAGACCAGCCUAUCCAGAGACUUCUACCAGCCCUGGCUCUGCCUGGCUAUCGUGAGGGCUAAGGGGAGUCAAUAUCUCAUCACACCAAUUCUAGAGUAUGCUUGACACUCUUUACAUCUGUUGUCCUAGGGUAAUUAUUAAUGAUGAAUCCUUUAACUCUCACAGGUUUUCUGGGUUGGACGAUAAUCUAUAGGAUCACUCACCCAGUAAGCCAUCCUGGCACACCCAGUGGGAAGCUUUGCCUAGGCAACCGCUUAGUUUUUUCUUUCUUUCUACAUUCUUAAACUGAAUUGGUAUUGUCUCAGUCUUUCCUCAAUAAGCUUCACUUUUAGCACGGGACAAGUAUUGAUAGAAUACUUUCUAUGUGUGAGGCAUUUUGUAUACAUUCUCAUUUCAUCCUUCCAACAAUCCUGCAAACUAGGUGGUGCUACCACCAUUCUACAGGCCAGGAAAUGGGCUGAAAUAGGUAGCCUGAUAAAAAUAACAUAACUAAAACAAAACAAAAAUAAUGCAACUAGUAAGUGCUGGGGUAUGGGGUUUCCACUGAAUUUUCCAGCCUCACGCCAGAGUAGUAGCUUAUAUCAUACUGAGUGUAAACUCAAUGGCAAAGAAGUCUGAGCUCACCUCACAGUUGUGGGUAGUUGUGGAGAGGGCAGCACUGUGGUACUGGCUGACCCUCUGCUACCUCAGAUUGCUCCCAUCUGAUGAAAGUUUGGUUGGGCAGGUCAUUGAGGUAUCAUGGAGAACCUCAGCUCAUUUGCUGUUUCCGUAAUGGCCCACCCUACCUUCGACAUAAAGAAUAACAGUUACAGCCAGGCACAGUGGCUCACGCCUGUAAUCCCAGCACUUUGGGAGGCCGAGUUGAGAGGAUUCUU